UCUCUCCUCCAUUACUCUGCUUUUUUCUCUCCUCUUCCCUCUGCUUUUUUCUUCUCCAUCCCUUGCAGUCCAAUCCUCUGUUCUCCCGCCUCUUUGCUGAGCUGUGUGGCUAGAACUCUGAACAAACAAGAAGGCAAACACUCCUAUGUGGGAUUGCAGGCGUCUGAGGAAGAAGGGAGGUUCGUAUAUCAACUUAUUAUCAUAUAUGUCAAUCCACUACCAUGGGCCUCUUGUGGUUAGGUAUCUACAGAUGUAGCUCCUGUACCUGAAUGCAAAUGCAACUUCCUUCCAAAUCUUCAGCAGUGGCCUGAGACUAAAGGCGGAGUGGCAAAGUCGACAACUAAGGCACGAGCAGACUCUCUUCACAGCAGCAGGUGGAAUAUGUGAAGCAUGGAGCCCUUGGAGCCGGAUAGUGCUGGUGUACUUCAUGAGCAAAACUCCAUUCAUGUGCCGACAACAAAGGACUGACCAAUCCGUGCCUUCCAUCUUAAAGGAGAGCCCAGGAAGUACAUUCUAUUGAAGAAUCUCCAUUUGAAAGGGACACAGAACAAGAGCACAGCCACUUAUCUUAACAGUCAUGGAGGCCACUGGUAACAGCCAGGAGGAGGUAUUGACCUCCAGAAAUGAAACAGCAGCAGACAAACCCUCUCUGCUAAACUAUGCUGUCCAAAACCAUUCACUAGAGACAGUCCGGCAGCUGUUGGAGGAAGGAGCAGAUGUUAAUUCCAAGGUAGAAGGUGGUUGGACACCUCUGCACAGCGCUGUACGGGGUGAUCAGGAAGAGAUCGUUGAUCUUCUGCUGGAGAAGGGUGCUGAUCCGUGUGCUAGGAAGAAAAACGGUGCCACUCCCUUUCUUGUAGCAGGGAUAGUGGGAAAUGUGAGACUUUUAGAGCUCUUCCUGUCUAAGGGAUCAGAAAUCAAUGAGUAUGAUGACAAUGGUUUCACAGCUUUUAUGGAGGCUGCUUGGUAUGGGAAUGAGGAGGCCUUAAGAUUCUUGUACAGUAAUGGGGCAGAUGUGAAUUUGCGGAGGGUGGUUAACGAGGAGAAAAGGACAUUGAAUAAAGGGGGGGCAACAGCCCUGAUGGAUGCUGCCAGGCAGGGCCACCUCUCAGUCGUAAACUUUCUUGUCAGUGAGAUGAAGGCUGACAUUAACAUCUGUGACAACCAGGACAGGAAUGCUUUAAUCCAUGCCUUCCUUCCAAGUGAUAACAAAACAAGGGAGUCAAUUCUCCUGAUAGUUCAUUUCCUGCUGGAUUGUGGUGUUGACGUGAACAGAAGAGAUGAACAUGGGAAAACUACCCUCAUCCUGUCAGUCGAGAUGCGAAGUCUGGAUUUGGUGAAAGCUUUAUUGGAGAAGAAUGAAGUUGACAUCAAUGAUGCUGACAGAGAGGGCAAAACAGCACUGAUGAUCGCUGUAGAGAAAAACGAUUAUGAAAUAGCAAAGCUACUGUGUGAAAGGGGGGCAAGGACUGACCUUGGGGACCUUAUUGGGAUUGUCAAUAGGAAAUACAAUAAGAAAAUGGCAGAUCUGCUUCGCCAGUACGGCGCCAAGGCUGGUCCAAGUCAACCUCAAGAUUGGGAACCCACCAGCAAACGCUGGGGAGAGCAGCUGAAGUUUCUCUACAAUAUGUAUCGUCCUAUGAUUGGAAAACUUAAAAUCCUCCAACAUAAUGAUUUCAGGAUUCAGAGAACCUCCCAAGGGGGCAUCUACCUGGGACUCUAUGAUGGGAAAGAGGUGGCUGUGAAAAUAUUCUGCAUUGGCACAGAAAUUGCUAAACAAGAGAAAAUGUGCCUUGAACAAUGUCUGACCAGCAACCAUUUAGUAAAGCUUUUUGGUGCUGAGGAAAAGAAACCUUGCCUGUACUUGUGCCUCUCGCUCUGUGAGAAGAACCUUGAAGAACACCUGAGUGCAUCAGAGAAUGAAGUGAAUUGCAAGGGUGUUCUUAAGACACUCUUUGAGGCAGUUCAAGAACUACACAUGCUUGGAUUUGGCCAUCAGGAUCUACACCCACGUAAUAUUUUGAUAGAUGCUGCUGGUAAAGUUCGCUUAGCAGAUUUUGAUAAGAGCAAAAGAUUGAGUGAAGGACAGAAGGAUGAUGUUAUAAUCGAAGACCUGAAGGCGCUCAGAAGGCUGGUCCUGUAUGUUGUAACAGUGGGUAAGGUCCCCUUUGAGGAAAAUGAUAGACACAAUUUGGAUUUUAAUUGUUCAGAGGAUGUGCAAGACUAUGUGGAGAUUGCAGACCUUAGGGAAAGUCUGGUCUUCCCUGAUGAAGGAAGCCCAGUUGAGAACCUGCUGAGAGACUUGAUCCAACAUCCCUUUUUCUGGAGCAAGCAGACCAGGUACAGGUUCCUGAGAGACGUUGGGAAUGAGAGCGAUAUCAAAACACGCAACACCAAGCAUCACAACAAUGAGAGUGAGAUUCUGAAAGCUUUGAAUUGUGAUGAGCACCCUUUGCAGCAGUGGACUGAGCAGAUUGACAAAUUGGUUCUGGACAGCAUGUUGAACCCCUUCAACAACAACAAGAAGAACCAGAACAAGAACAAGAAGAAACAGUAUGAAAACUAUGUCACGGACCUACUGAAGUUCAUCAGGAACAUGGGCGAGCACUUUGACGAGAAGGAAGAAAAGGUCAAGGAAAUAAUCAAGGAGCCCUCGGAGUAUUUCCUGAACCUGUUUCCAGAAUUGACAGUUUAUGUCUACAAGUGUUUACGCAGCAUACAGCAUCAUAGACAUUUUCCAAGCCCUCAGAGUCUUUCUCAGCUGUAGCAUGUUGUAUCACUUCCGGUUAUAUGGCUGAAUCCCAUUGACUAACUUCCUUUUCAGCACCAUUUCGUUCAGCUGCCAAAAAGUGUCAUACAAAGUGGGGAAGGGGCUGGGUGGGCAGAGGGUAUUGGAAUUUCAGUCAGUGGAUCUGAUCUCUGGAUUCAGCACUGAGGCACUCAGCUGUAAAGAUGCUAUGUUUGAGUGGGUUCAUGGAGGACAAUUACAUUGAGGAAAGGAAGAACUAAGUGCUAGAAGGGCAAGUGCCAGAUCUGGGGCUGCAGGAUAGGUACCCCUCCUCCAGCAGGUCCAGGCUGGGGGAGGGGCACCCCAGCUGCACCUGGGUGCAGGCCGCACCAGAUCAGGCCAUGCCUUGGUCUGGGCCAGGCCUGGGUUGGGGUCUGGGCCGCUCCGGCCGCACCUGGGGCUGAGCGCUAUGGCAGGUCCGGGCCGCAGCAGAGUUUGGGCUGGCAGAGAGGCGCCCCUCACCCAGCUGCGGCGGGUUCCCUGAGCACCCGUGCAUCACUAAAUAGGCUGCUGCGCGGCCGUGCAGCUUACAGGGAACUUAGGUCAGGACCCCUUCCUCUGUUCAGUGGCUGCUUCCUUUCUCCCUUCUGGUGCAGUUAAUUGAUGGACAGAGAAAGAGGGAGCAGGAGGGGGUCCCUUGGAGCAUUUAGUCCUUUCUAUCGUUGAGUCCCCCUCUUGGAAAACAUUUCCAGCUGAUAUUCAGGAGACAGAGUGUCUAUAUGUCAGGAUAUUCCCUGCUGGUUUUCCCACCUGUUUCCCAGUCCUUUGUCUCCCUUCCUGCUUGAUGGCUCUGUUUCCUGCUAAAAUGCAAAUUAAGUGGAGCGCACGUUCCUUUGUUUGAGACAGACCUGUUUGCAAACCACAAUUUGGAACAUGUGUUAAUUACACAAUUUCCCUGUAGGAUGUAACUUCACAUAUGGUGUUGCCACACACAUUUUAUUAGGUCAGUAUUGACCAGCAAAUUAUGGGUCUUCAAAUGAUACUUACAAGACAUACUUUGUACAAAGAUUAUUACAAUAAGGUGUGGACAUGGGUACAUUCUAUCACACUGCCAUCCUGUACCUGUGCUGUGUAUUCACUGUCAGGCUUGGCUUCCCUCUCACCUGAGGAGGCAGGCCUUUUGUUCCCAUGGGAUCAGGUCCCAGUUAUCAAAUAGGCUGGCAUUUUUUUGUUUAAAAGCAUAAAAGACAACUUGCCGUGAGGGGAGUCCUAGCUUCAACGCCAGCAUUGGCUCUUUAAUCUUUCUUCCCCAGAGAGCAGCUUUCCAGCUCUCUCUUGAGAUCUGUCUUUGUUGUGGGGAUUGAAAACUAACUAAACUGGGCCUUUCUCUUUUAAAUGUGGCAAACAUAAAUACCGGUAACAGCUGGAUGAGUGACAGGCCCAAGUAUACAGUUGUAUAGUUGUUUUAUAAGCAGUUGUUUCACUAGAAGCUGUGGAGACAUUUACGAGGUGUAUUUAAUGCAUCUAGCUGGUAAUCUUGUACAUUUUAAUUUUAAUGGUACAUGAUUAUGAGAAUCUGGAACUAUUUCUAUGUAGUAUGGAAACCAGGGAGCUGAUCUUGCAAAAGCUUACAAUUGUAAGUAAUCCUGAAUCCUGUGAGUAGGCUCACUGAAGCCAAAGGCAGUACUGGGAUGAGUAAGUAUUACUUAUGUAAGUAAGGCUUUGCAGGGUCCAGGGCCGGCUCCAGGGUUUUGGCCGCCCCAAGCAUCCAAAACAAAACAAAACAAAAACAAACAAACAAACAAAAAAGCCGCCAUCUCGAUCUAAAAAAAGCCGCGAUCGCGAUCUGCGGCGGCAAUUCGGCGGGAGGUCUUUCGCUCCCAGGCGGAGUGAGGGUCCGUCCGCCGAAUUGCCGCCGAAUACCUGGACCGAGCGGCCGCCCCAAGCACCUGCUUGAGGAGCUGGUGCCUGGAGCCGGCCCUGGCAGGGUCUGCCCCCAGAUUAAGCGCAGCACUGGUGCAGAAGCUUUGAUGCGUGGAGCUUCAAGGAGUGAAUACUUUUUCCUGUGUGUAUUCACAAUACACAUAGAUUCUUUUGACAUGUAAUCUGUGCAGUUAAAUGCCUGCAGGGUUCUUUGCUUUUUCAUCUAUACCUGCUUUCUCCCCUAUCUCAUAUACACAGUUAUUGGAUUUGAUUGUCUUUUACACUGAGGUUUUUGUCAUCAGUAUUCCCAGAUACAGACCUAAAUCUGGAAUAAAGUCGGUUGGACAAUCCGUUCUUAUUGCAUCUGAAGAUGACUAGAGUAUAAUGUAGAUCUCCGUAUAGAAGGAGAGUGAGUGACAAGUGGGCGGGUUAGAAGGCCAUGUAAAUACCCUAGGACUCGGGAGUUCUUUAGCACUCCUGUGGGGGUAAAUUGGGCAGGGAGGAUGAAGCUCAGCACCUACUCAGAGGAGGCCCUUUCAACACUCUGAGUGGGAGUCAAGCUUCAGUUGCAGAAAGGGAAGGGAGAGGAAGACUGUGAUGUGACAUGCCCCCGUCCCACGAGUUGAAAGUCUAAAGCAUUCCUGCACUCAGGCAGCACCAAUUAGGCACACCUGCAGAACAUGCUCCACGCAGAGAAGUGGACCUUAAAAAGGGUGAGACUGGCCACAGAAUAGGGGCGGGGAGAAUAGGGUGAGACUGGUAACCGAAUAGGGAGCCUGCCAGGUUUGCUAAAGAACUCCGAUAGUAAGGGGGAGCUCAGCCUGAGGCAGUUGCUAACCUUUUUCUUCCAUGCGCCCCCAUCCUUGUUUGGGGCAGAUUGGCAUGACAAACUCGAUAUGGGCAAAGGUUCUAGAGGGCUUCUUCCAGUCAGAAACCUGCGGUGGGACCUGGGAAGCGCUGGCAGCAACUAGAGACAAGGAGACUUUAAAUUGGGCUCUGAAACGACUCCAGGAGUGAGCUGAACUGCUGGGAGCAGUAAGAUUGCUUAGGCGUGGGGGCUCCUGGACGGGAGCCCAGGGCAAGAGACUCAAAACUACUGUGGCUGAGCCCGAGCACAGGGUCAGCCAGCUACAGGGACCAAGAUGGGAGCUGAGUAGCUUAGGUCCCAAAUCUCUGCUAAUAAUGUGUAUAAGAUUUGGAUGUCCAUAGGCCAUUAAAGAUUGCUAUCUGUUUAUGUUGCUUGGCUGGGUUGGGGGAAGGCAAGAGAGACCCUAAUAAGCAUGUUAAACAGUUUCUCCACUACAUUUGGUGCAGCAGCAUUUAGGGUUCAAAGUUGGAUAUACGGAGUCACUCUGCAGGAAGAUCUACUGGCUGGUGGUCAAGAAACCUGGGUGGGAAAGAAGAAAUUCAGUAGUCUUUGCUCACUUGUCCUCUGGACUGAUGGGGCUCUUGCAUGUCAGAUAUUUUGUCUCUGAUGUUCUUGCAUCAUAAUUAGAAACUAUAUCAACAAGAGGGAUUCCAUUUUGGAAUGGGAAACAAAAUGAUGCCCAUAUCCACACAGCGCAGGAUUAGGGGGUUACAGUCAUAUCAAGGAUUGGUGUAUUCAAAUCACAGGACUAAACCAGGGGUUGUCACAUCAAUUAUUUGGUGGCAUCUUGCUGGUGGCUGCUCUGAUAUUUUCCUAAAAUACUUAAUUAACUUUAGGAAAAACAAAUGUAUUAAAUAUUUUGGAUGUUUUUCUACAUUUUUAUAUAUUGAUUUCAAUUACAACACAGAAUACAAAGUGUAUUUAUUUUUAUUACAAAUAUUUGCACUUUAAAAAUGAUAAAUAAAAUAAAUAGUAUUUUUAAUUCACCUCAUACAAAUACAGUAGUGCAAUAUAGUCUUGCCUCUUUAUUGUGAAAGUGCAAUUUACAAAUGUAGAUUCUCUUUUUGCAUUUGGGUGGUGGCAGCAUCUACCCAUCCAAGGUCAGAGAAAAGCUGUAUCCUUUUCUGUAUUUAUGGUUUAACAAUGUGAUUAAAACUGCGAUUAAUCAUGAUUAAUUUUUUAAUCGGUAAUCGCGAUUAAUUUUUUUGAGUUAAUUGCAUGAGUUAACUGCAAUUAAUCGACAGCCCUCAUUAAUAUGAUCGUGAGAAACACCUUACGAUUACAGCUUCUCUAUCACUUGAAGAUAGAAAACUGUGUAUUCUAACGAAUGACUAGUGACUGAUGUGUAAAUAGAAACAUUUUCUGUGAUGGGGAUGUGGUGUUGGAUUAUGAACUAAAUUCUCUGCCUCUCUCUUCUGAGUGAGUAUUUUUUGUUUUAAGGGUUAAAACAAAAUUCAGAACAUAUUAUCUUAAUACAGGUUUCAAAGUAGUAGCCAUGUUAGUCUGUAGCUGCAAAAAGAACAGGAGUACUUGUGGCACCUUAGAGACUUAACAAAUUUAUGUAGUCUUAAUACAGUUGACUUAAUAUAUCAACAUGUUAGUGCCUUGUUUUGUUAAUCUUGAGAUAGCUGGUAUCAAAUGUAAAUUAUAUUGUUAUCUUAUAGUUUUCGCAUCAUUUUGUCAUGGCUUAAUAAUACUCUACUAAACAUGAAACAUAGUGAAACAUGUCAGAUCACAUCAUGUUAAGGCCCUGGAGGGCUGGAACAUAGCACCAUGGUGGUUUUGGGCUACUGACACUACCACAUCACCACAGGAGGACCCUGUGAGGUUGGAGUUAGCAGAAUGUACUGCCCAGCAAGACCUGAGUAGCAGCCCCUCACAGCCCCCUGAUUUGCCCAUACCAGUACUUAAAUCAGGAAGCCAUGAAGAGGAGCUAUCUGAACAACAACACAGAGUGCCUGCUGUGAGGUUAUUGACAUGAACGAUGACCAUAUAGAUCAUUGUUGCAACCAAGAUCCUAUAGUUGCACCAAACCUUGUACAAAGGAGGUCAGGUAAGGUGUCUAUGAAAAGGCUGUAAUUUGCUUGUCAUGAUUAUGCUGUCUGUAUGUGUAUCAUUUUUGUAUUUGAAGUUAUGAAUAUUGGCUAUGUACUUGUAUCUCAAUGUGUUUGCUUCUAAGUAGCAUUAGUGAAGCAUUUGGUCAGCUUCUUGAGAAAGUAAUUUUCAGAUUAAAUGCCCAAUCAAGAAACACUUAACUAACAAUGGACCUUGGGAGACUCCAAUCCACAUAUGAGGAGCCUCCCUGGGAAUAUUCAAGGUGUGAGCAAUGGCUGCUCUACCUGUAAAGAACUGAGUCAUGCAUGGAUAUGUGGCUUGCUCAGGUGACUUCAAACUCCACCUUGCUGCUGUGAUUUUCCACAGUAAGAACAAAGAGGUGUCCUUCCACAUGGCAGAGGAUAGAAAAGGCCCUGGAAACCCCUCCAUUUUGUCUUCAAUCCUGCUUCUGACCACUGGAGGAACUUUGCUAGAAACUGAAGCUCUGAACAAAGGACUGAAUGACCCAUCCAAGCUGGAUGUUUGUACUCCAGAGACUUGAUUGGUUUAAAUCAGCAGUAAUCCCAUCACGCCUGAAACAAGCCUGAACUAAGAACUUUGCAAUUGUUAUAUGUAUUUGAUUCCAUUUAACCAAUUUUAACUCUCAUCUAUAUUUAUUUCUUUUUA